UGAUUAUGAGCGAGAAAAAGGCUACAAUACAGGACUAUAUAAAAAACAAAGUGAAGCCAGUGUUCGAUCAAUUAAUAGCUAGGAUAGUCAUUGAAAAACCGGAUGACGUGUACUCAUGGUCUAUAAAUUGGUUACAAAAACAAUGUAAAAAUAUAUUGUCAUUUUAAAGAAAGUGGCGUAUAAGUGCAGUUACACGUUCAUCAUGAUCUCAGUGAAGAAGACGAGGAGGAGGAAGAAGUUGUUUUGGAGAUAAAACAACAAUAAAAGUAACAAACUAGAGCAGCAGUUUCUGCUGAAGUUUAUGGAGAUUACAAUAAGAAGGAGGAUUUUAAGCCAAGAUUUAUCCAGAAAUCCGAGGCCCAAAUCGAAAGGAUAAAGAAAAGAAUUCUAAAUUCAUUUAUGUUCUAGGCCUUGGAUGAAAAGGAUCUGAAUAUUGUAUUGGGAGCUAUGGAUGAGAAGAAAUUUUAGUAAGAGUUAUCAUUUACCUAUAUGAAGAGUUGGAGACGUCGUAAUCAAACAGGGAGAUGAUGGAAACGAGUUGUACGUUAUUGACGAGGGAAGAUUGGAAUGCUACAAAAAGUUUACAGGAUUGGAGGAAGAGAAAUUGCUAAAGACCUAUAUCCCAGGGGAAUCCUUUGGAGAAUUGGCCUUAUUGUAUAAUGCUCCAAGAGCAGCCACAAUUAAGGCCAUUGAGGAAGUCACAACAUUUGCUUUGGAUAGAGAGACUUUUAACAACAUUGUCAAGUUUUCAGCCAUCAAGAAGAGAGAGCAGAUGGAAGAAAUAUUAAGCAAAAUUGAACUAUUAUAAUCAAUGGAUAAUUAUGAAAGGGUUUAACUGUGUGAUGUACUUAAGGAAGAAAAGCAUAAGGCAGGAGAAACCAUUAUUACUGAAGUAUUAGUUAAAUUAAAUAAAGGGUGAAAUUGGAGAUCGAAUUUACUUGAUCAUCGAAGGGGAACUAGAGGCUUAUUGGAAAGGACAGAGUGAAAAAGUCUAUGAUUAUAAGCCAGGAGAUUACUUUGGAGAAUUGGCAUUAUUGAAGAACACUCCAAGAUAAGCAACUGUCAUAGCUAAAGUAAUUUGGCAAUAAUAUUAUCUAGACUGAUGUCGUAUUAUUAUAUUGCGAUUUCAACUCAUUCAGAAGAUUGAUGGGUCCCUUAGAGGAAGUGCUCAAGAGAAAUGUAGAGAGAUAUGAAAAAUAUUUACAAUAAUGA